UCCUCCUCCGUUCGGCAUCCUGUGCCGGCCGCAGGCCGCCCGCCGGGCCUCGGUUGUUUUUCAACCUGCUGCUUUGCUGACUAACGCCUCCGCUUUCUGCCCGGCUCAUUCAUGUUUUAGCCCAUUUCCUGAGCUUUGAGGUGGUUUCUUCUAUUGCUUUCCCUCCCAGUAGAAGGCUGUUACUCAAGUCUCAGCUGUUCUCCUGUCAUUUUGACUCAUUACUUAUGGUAACGCGUGAUUAUCUCCCUGCUAAAUGUCACCAGCCUGUAAAGGUGUCUUGACUCUAGAGUUAUAAUACCAGGUCUGUAUCUCUGAGGAUGCUUAGGAGCCGGUUUUAAUUCCAUUGUGACAAGCAGCAAUUACAGAAAUAAUAUUGCUUUUGCAUAUCAUGAACUUGAUAACUGGAAGUGUUAAUUAAUUAACUAUUCUAAGGGAAGGAAUUGUCAACUUUGUGUCUGUUAUUUCCUGUGUGUAUUUAUUCUUGAUGAGAAAUAUAUACAGGUGUUGCCCUUCUUCCAGUCAUGGCGAAGCAUUCGUGGCUCAUCAGUCACUCUGAGGGCAUCAGCAAAGCCCUCCCUGCUGCGCCUGCAGCUCGCUGCGCGCUGCCGCUGCAGCCUGGGCUCAGACUGCAGCUGGAUGCAAGCAGCUGCCUCUUCCCUUGGAUCCACACGGAUCCACGGCAAUUAACUUCCUCGGGCCUCUGAGUGCUUUGCUUUGAGAGCUGAUCCUGCAGCUCGGAGGUGCCAGGGAACGCACUGGCACUGGCACCGGCGCGGAGGGUCGGGCAGCUCCAAGGCCGCGCGCGUGGCGGUGCUGCGGGGGCAGUCGCGGCACGCUGCGCCCGCUGGCUCGCCCCAUCCCACGCAGGAAAUGCGUCGGUGUGCGGUGCACCCGCUGGCAGCACGCACCAGGGCUCCCGGGGACGCUGCGCGCGUGUCCCGUGUUGCGGCUCUUCCCAGGCGGGAGGCAGUGGUGCAGCCCCGGGGGCCCUGGAGGGCCGCACUGCGCCAGGCUCCCUGGGCUGAGUCUGGCGUCCGUUAAGCAUCUGCUGUGCUGGGGCAAGACUCCGCGGUGUCACUCCUAGGUACGGUGUGGGACAGCACAGGGUCAAGUAGGCUGAGCAGUUAAGUUAGACGCUUCCCAGGUGGUUGGUUCUUAAUUUCUUUCUUUUAUGAGGACAGCAGAGCAGAAGAGCAGUGAGGCUUUGCUCCGCGGUUACACAGGGCUCUCCGAGGUGUGCCAGCAGCAUUACUUGUGCAGAGGAGGGAGGGAAGGGAAAGGGCAGCAGGUGUGAUCUGAGCAGGUUGUCCUGGAGGCACAAAGCACACUACUUUUAAAACACACAAUAAUAUGGAUUUAAUAUUACACAUGCAAAUGCUUGUUUUUCUCAGAUUUAACUCAUGAAAAAUGAAAAAUCACUUGUUUCCCAAAUAUUUUCUAUAUAACUGUUUAGGGUGUAAUUAAUCUAUAGUGUCAUCCCUUUGUUAUAUAUUAACUGAAUUCCAUGUUAGCUUUCCUAAUUUAACGCUUUUGUUUUAGACCUGUUGGUAUCUCCCAAAAUCCUGCUUGCUUGUUCAAACUCUGGCAUGUUGUUAAACACUCUCGCAAGCUCCUGCAAGUACCGCCUCAGACAGGGACGCCUCACCUUCCCCGCUCCUGUGCGUCAGCACAGAAAUCCCCCAGAGCUGCUCCCGCUCGCUUAGGAUUAUUAGCAGUUUCCCUGGAGCUGUGUAUUCAUUGCUCUGGGCUGGGAUCAGCAGCCUUUUAAGGCUGACUUUCCCCUUUUCAAACAGACAUUAUGUGCGCUGGAAGCUUCUGAUUGAUAGUUUUUCAAAUAUCGGUACAUGAGAAAGAGAGAGCUGUUCCUGCUACGUACGGAGCUGGGGCCUCCUCCCGUGCUUGCUGCCUCCUUGCCCAUGUCACGGGUGGGAUUUAUUUUGUUCCUAACCUGCUACGAAAAGGUGCCGCAUCGGGGCCAACCAGCCAUGACUCUCCCAUGACGCUGAAGUCCCUCGCGGUUAUCUGAGGAGCGAUGGGGUCCCGGCGGGAGCGGGCCCCCCCGGGCUGGACGCGCCCUUGCCGAUGCCUCCCUGGUGCAAGUCUAGUGCCACCAGCCCCCCUGAGCCACUUCGGUGAUCUUUCAGAGUUAAAGCUUCUGAGUUUUUAUCUGCUCUCCCACCUUUUUCUCACGUCAGCGUGCGAGGCCAGAGCAAUACAGUCGCAAACGCUGUGUGGGUGUCGGGACCUGAGUUCACUGCCUCCCCUGCGCUCACCACAUCCUCCUGUCGGCACAGUAAUACUGAUACAGCGGUGACGUCAGCUGCCGUUUAUCACUGCCCGUUCCAACACACGACAGCGCGGGCCGCGCACGGGCCGGCUCGGCUCCUCCGCGGUGCCGACGGGACCCGCCUGCUCCCGGCGCCGGCGCCCGCCUGCGGCAGCGGUUUGGCCAGGCCAGCCGUGGAGGUGCCGGAGGGCUGACAUGGACAGCUGAAAGGAUGGGGCAAGGACAUCCAGCCAGAACCAACAUGAGGAACAAACAGUGGCUCCAGAGUAUUUUCUUCUUCCUUUUAUUCCAGUACACUACGCAUUGUGAAAACCUCACGUGUUUCGUGGACUAUGUACAGACCCUGUCCUGCAUCCUGAAAAAUGACCUGGGUGCCGGUUCAUACAACCUCACUGCAACAUGGAUUCCUGAGGAAGAUCCAGAAAACACUGUGGCUGCCUGCAGUCUCCUUCAAUCAACGGGGAACACCAGCCAUACACAGUACAUGUGCACUGUGGACAUGACGGAACUCCUGGCAGAUAUCAAAGUCCAGGUGGAUGUUUCAGAGAUAGCUGAUAGGCAACACAUGAUUUCCAAAGGCUUUUAUAUGGGAGAGAACAUCAAACCGCAGCCGCCUUUCAAUCUCACCGCUGUGUUCUCAGAGGGUUACAAUAUUUCUUGGGAAACCAUCUACCAGAACUCUCCUUUUUACUUUUUGAAUGAGGAGCUGGAAUAUCAGCUGCGUUAUAAGAGAAGGAACGACACCUGGGAGACUCAGAAGACUAAAGCUGUCCAUGAGGACAAGCGAACGCUGGUCAUCCUGCCACAGGAACUCCAGGGAAACACUGAGUAUGAGGUCCAGGUGCGAGCCAGACCCCGAGAGGACACUGGCUACCGCGGAUUUUGGAGUGAAUGGAGUUCUCCGCUGACACUGAAAACCAGCCCUGCCGCAGUGACACAGAGAGCAGGCACAGGAUGGCUCCUGCUGUUUGCUGUUGUCGCAAUGAUCGCUGCCUCGGUCACAGCCUUUCUGGCCAAGCAGCAGAGCUUGUGGAAGAAGGUGGCCUGCAUCCCAGACCCUGCUUCCUUUUUCAAACCACUUUACCUGGUGCAUAAUGGAGAUUUCAAGAAGUGGGUUGGCGUAUCCCAUACCAAAAUGACCCUCGAUUUCUUUGAAUGGGGAAUAGUCCUUCCAGAAGUCCUAGAAGUUUACAGCGUGCGUCAUCCCAACAGCAUCUCACAGGAGGAGCUGAGUGAGCUGAAAAAGGAUCCACCGUGCAAGCCGUGCGUGUCUUGCCUGACUGCCCCAGGUCAGGAUAGCCAGUCCCCUCUGUCCAGUGUAAACAGUAGCAGUGGGACUCAGGACCGGUCAUAUGGGCAUUUGUCCAUUGAUACUGUGACUGUGGCUGAUGAAUUCACACCUUGUAACUCCCAGUGCAACUGUAACCGUAUGCACAGGGGACAUGAGCAUACCAAUGAUGGAGAUGGUAGUGCUGGAGAGACCGGUUACCCCAAGGUUAACGUUGAUGAUGACGAGAGAGAGAGAUCCAGCGACUUGCUUCUGGCUGACCUGAGCACACAGGACAAAAUACUUGCCUCGGGCUCUGUGUCCACAGACCACUUGAGGAGUGCAAGUGCCCCAGCUCAUCAGAAAGUAGAAAGGGCUCUGGAAAGAGGGAUGGGGAGUAUCCUAGAAGCCCUUUGUUUGCACCCUAAUCAGUGGGAUUUGGAAAAUCCAGCUUCUCUGCCUUCUCCUGAUGGUGAAAGUGUUUCCUACAGCGAAGGCUCCUGUGACUUUUUCCCUCAGAGUGCAAGGGCUGGUGACAGUUAUCCUAUGAUCUGCCUAGACUUGGACACUAUUGACAGUGGCUUUGUGGACUCAGACUGUGGGAGUCCAGUUGACUGUGAAUUUGAUCAAAACAGUCAGACCAACUGUGGGUCUCUCCCUCUUGAGCAGGAGGGAGAGGACUUCCCACGGAGCUACGUCAAGCAGUGGGUCUCCUGUCGCUCGGACAGCCCUGCCGGUGGGACACAGGCAAACUAAGGACUUGGUGUUGCCUUGCGGACAACACAACUUCCGUACUGUGCCAGCAGCAAAGUGUCAGCAAAAUUCAGAAAGAAAACAAAGUUUACUUUGUGUAAGCUGUAUUGCAUGCAGCUGAAAACUGUUAGGUCCAUAGAAAUAUAUGCCUAUUUCUGUUGCCACUUCUCCUGUUCAUGUUGCCAUGAUCCAUUUUUUUCAGCAUCUCAGGUCAAACACCUUCGUAAUGAGCUGCAAAAUUUAACUUCUUUCAAGCAGAAAAGCAACUGUACCUUGAAAACUGCCCUUUAGUUUAGACAAUGUGCGAAAUUUUUUGAAAGUAAGCUUAUAAAUAGUACAACACUUUAAAAUGAUUUUCCCUGCCAUUCUCACAUGGCUUGAGAGUUUGGAGGUAUAUGGAGCCUUAGAAACAUAAUCCAUGAUGAUCAUAUUUGUUACAUUAAAGUUCCUCUACCCUGUCCUAACAACACAGGUGUUGUUACUUUUCCUACCAAUAUCAUUGGCUCUUUAAACCCAGCAGUAACCACUUACAUUAAUCAUGAAGGGUCCCAGCCCUGUCCGUGGGUAUGAGCAAAAAACAGUUCUUGCAUCAUCAGAGAACUGAGCAUUCAAGAGACCAAACAGAAUUCUGGUUUCAGAAGGACUUUGCCUUUGCAGGUAGAGUCUACAAAUGAAAAUUCUUCAAAACACAUAUAAUUUCAGAGAAAUUGUUGCUACUAGGGUUUCCUGUUGAAUUAGCAUCUCAUCUAGCAAUUUCCAAGCACAUUAACUGUAACACUUAGUGGCUUUUAGAACUAUGCAGAAAUUUCAGGAAUGCUAUCUUACCUGGACGUGCCUGCAACUCCAUCUUCUGCGUCGGACCUGGGUCUGCUGCAGUUAAAAGGUCAGUAGCACAAAGCCUGGACAAUUUCUGCUAGCAAGUAAUGCCAGCCGUGAAAUGGCCAUUUGUACUGUAACCAUGAAAAUGUUUCCCUCUGGUGUCUCUGUACCUCUGUUUUGUUCUGGAUAAUUGUCUUUAAUAUGGUACUGAUAUUGAAUGUGAAGAGCUACUCCUUAUGUAGGCACAAUGUCACUAAUCCAAGGGAUGCUUGGCUGCCGGAGAAGAUCUUUUAUUGAGAGAACCUUUAUGGUGAACAGUGUAUAAUUCCAGCUCAGUAAUAAUGUGUUCUCGUUGUGAUACUAAUAAACUCUCUUCCCUCUCCCUCA